AUGGCCAUCCCCGUGACACCCCGAAGGAAGAGAUCCUCCCUCCAUCGGGCGGCGCUAGUGUUGGUGGUGGCGUUGGUGGCGGCGGCGCUGCUGGUGGAGGUGGCGGAGGGGAGCACUUUCAUCGCGUACGGGGGGCCUGGUUGCACGGGAACGGAGCAGAGGUUCAGCGCCUGCGGUGUGUGCCACCGCAUCAACCAGCACGGCGGCUACCGGCUGGUCUACACCGGGCAGCCGGCGGCGAUCUUCUCCUCGGCAGAGUGCCUCAGCGAGCCCGGCCUGCUGCCUGCAGAGAGCUUCUCCAGCUGCUUCCCCUUCAGCGGCGAUGCCGUCGUCAUCCGCUGCGACUAG